ACACUUCGUCAAAGGCGACGCGGGAGGAGGGGAGCUCGGAUGCGCUCUCAUCCAUUAGGAGACAAAGAGCAAAUUGCCUUACUUUAAAGUAAAACGCUCUGGCUAAUGAAGGUGGGUGAUGGGCGGCGGGGCCGAAGGAGCCGUUUCAAUUAUUAAGGGUUUGGCGGAGGGGAUCGAUGCCUGUGGGCACAGAGCGCCGCUGCCUUGGGGACGACGGGUUUGCGUAUUUGUGUUUGGUGGUGGUGGUCAGCGGGGAGAUUUGAGUGACCCCCAGCACUGAAGAAGUGGGAUCUCUAGAAAGGGAAGUUCGCGUAGAGGUGGGGGCGGGGGCGAGGUUCUGGAAAUGACUCGCAGUGGGUUGGGAAGGAGAUCAGCGCGGCGGGGACUCCACGGAAUUGCGAUUUGCCUUGCCGGGCUAUGGCAGAAUGGGGGGUGGGGGGGCUUAUUGAUAGCCAUAUAUGUGUGCAUAUUUGCACACACAUACACACGAAUUACACCCGGGUGUAUGAAAGAGGACGCAGUGGGGUGUACGUUGCGGGGGUGGGGUAGGGGUUGGAAAGGCGCCUCUUCUGCCAUUUCCAGGGAGAACAUACCGAAUAGUUAAGAUCAGUAUUUAGAUUAAACCGCCUCGUCAAGUUUUAAAGAAACUUUGUCUGAAUAAGUUUGUUAAAAGCCAGGCCAGUGGGGUCUUUAAAGCCAGCGGUUCAUGGAGGAAGGUCGGUGGUGCGAUGAGUAUCAGGUUUUGUGAGUGGGGAAGCCGGUGGAUCCCUGCAAUUAGGACUCCAGAGAACCAGCCUUUUACCCGAAAAAAUGUGGGUCUGUAAGUCAGCCGCAUCCAUCACCAGCGUUAACAAGCUCUCCACAGCCUACCAGUCCAAUUCUCCCAACCCCCAGCUCCGGACUGUGUGUAGCCAACUCAUUGCCUGGCUUGCUGAUGAAGAGUCCCUUGGUCUCUGGGUGAGCACAGACCAACUUGCUCGGCCCCUUCUUUUAAAAUAUAUUCAUUCGGUGUCUUAUUUAAUCCAGAUGCACAGAAAGCCAUUUACUGCUUUAUUGUUGGUUUACUUUUUUUUUUUUUUUUGAAAAGGCGACUGGUGUAACCUGUGGAAUUUGAAAUGCAAAUAAAAGCCCGUGGGAGUUGAGGCAGAACAAAUCGGCACUUAUAAAGUGAAAAAGAUUUCAUGUCUUUGAAAUCAUUGCAGGAGGAAAAAGAACUGGAGGGGAGUGUGAUUAUUCCCCCCAGAGAGUGGAUUGUGACGUCAGGUCUUUUUGGAAAAGAUGUUAUUUUUAAGGUCCUGAAGCCUGGGUAUGUGAAGUGCUUUACAGGAAAAACAGAUUACAAGAUUAACAUCUGUUAACAUGAUCGUUUAUCUCCAGCCAAAAAUAGGUCAGUUCUUUCUUAAGGAAACGUGCUUGCUUCAGCAAGCUUAAAUAAUAAAAUAACGACGCCAAAAAUUAGGACUGAACAUUUGUUAUAACCUAACUCGUGGAAACAAUUUUUAAUUAUUAAAUCAAUCAAAGGUCAAAGUCCUUUUUGGGGUGUUGAGAACAACUCUACUCCGAGUCUACCCGCCCCGAUGACUGACCCCCCCUCCCCUUCCUCCGGGCUCCCUUCUGGCUGCCCAUUUUCCUUUUCGUCCAUUGUGGAAGUAGGGGGUAUAUUUAAAUGGUAUUCUCUGACUCUGGCCACGUUAGGGAGACAGACUCUGCGUAGAUGGCUAACUUUUCAAAGCUCUGCUGUUGUUUUAUCAUUAAAUGGAACGACACGGAGGGGAGAGAGAGAAAAGAAACUGCCUUGCAAAGUCUCCCUGCCCCCUGGGUUUGAGUGACGGCUCUGUCGGCCAAUCCGCAGCAGCUUUCUCUAUCCCGGAGGUAAUUUGGGGUGUGUGUGUGAGCGCGCGCACGCUCGACCACGCGCCCGUGUGUCGGCCCAGAGUCGGGCCAGAGGCGCGCAUCCGCAGGCUCCCGCAUUUGCACAGAUGUGUGCUGUAGACGUGGACACGCUUUUAUCCAAGUCUGUCCAGCUAGAUGCGCACGCAGCAGUCCAAGUGGAGACCCUGCCCCCCUCCCAACGUCUUCCUGCGAAGACUGGGCAGUAGAGACACUUUCAGAUUCAAGUCGAAACCUGCCACAUGGAAGGGAAAGAGGAACGAUUGAUAACACUCCUCAGCCAUUGGGGACCUAGGAGCGGUUUUAUCCGCCUGGUUCCAGGCUCCGGUGGGGUCAUGAGGUAGCCACUUGCGGAUAGCAAACGUACAGAGGUCGGGGAUUGUCGAAAAAUGAUAUUAACUCCAUAUAAAAGUGAAGGGCACCGUUCGUCUUCCAACUUCCAAUUUCAUUCUCUGAAGGCGAGUGAUGCUUAGUCCAUAGUAAAUUCUAGAACGCGAACCCUGCAUGGUUAGUGAAAGUUCUGGUGUUCCCUGGGUCUUACCAGUGCUGCGCCCUGGCCACGACUGCUCCGCACAAUGGGUACAUUCACGGGCAGAGUGUCACGGGCCACACUCUACUGCCUACUGGCUGAAUCCGCUCCACUUGGGGAACACCCGUAGUGACUGGUGACGAGUGCAGCACUCACUUCAGGACUUGAACGCGCCGGACCGGGACUGCCUAGUUUGUGCUUCAAUGCUGGGCCACUGGGGAGCUCGGCCUUGUGAUUCCCUAGGGGGUGGUGAUGAAGAUGCAGGGUUGGGUUAAAGACACGCGUGCGCCUCCCCUUCUGGAGACCCCCGUGGAGGCCACCGACCUUGGAAGGCCCAGUGUCCACACCGGCUCUGCAGUGUCUGCAUGCACCGAGGUCACCUCGAGGGUGCCCCCGCCCCGAGAUUUCCAACUUGGUUACUAGGUGGUGUCAGCCCGUGUACCUCCUCCUACGCGGGCCGUUUCCACCCAACCGGAUCGCCACCCCUUUCGGCCCUCUCUCCAAUCUCUGCAAGCCCGCGGCUUGAGGAAUGGGUAUGUCGUUGCAUUAAAUCAUUCCUAUUUCUGUGUGUCCCGGCCGCCCGGCGCCGCUGGGGGGGCGUGGGUCUGGGUGGCUGGUGAGGGUGUGAGUGUGGGGGGGUGGGGGGGGGAGGCUGAGCGGGGGCGGGGCACCACCUGCCCGCCCUAGAGGCGUGGCGUGCGGCUGGGGGCGGGACACCCACCUGCCUGUCCCCGGGGCGGGGGCGGCGGCCGCUUGUUGCUGGGCUGCGGGCUUCGGGCUGCGGGGGGCGGGCCGUGGGCGGGGCGCUGAAGGGGAGGCCCCGGUCGGCCGCCCCCUUUUCUCGGGCGCCCGCCCCCCGCCCCCGUCAUGUGGAACGGACGUCACACGCCUGCACUGUAACCCAAGAAGUGAAAGAGACGGGGACCCGCAGCCCAACUUCGCACCGUAACAAAGGCUGGGGUGCUUGCUGCAUCUGCCACACCACAGAAUGCACCUUCUCCUCAGAAGCACCUCUCUCCCCUCUGGGCAGCAGGAACCCCUCUCAAAAUGAAGAGAUAAGACUCUUCCGGCCCCUACGACCCAAGGCUGUGCUGUGACACCCACACCGCCCUAAUGGAUCGCAGCAGAGAGGCUGAGAUGGAGCUGAGGAGAGGACCCAGCCCACCCAGGGCUGGCAGGAGCCACGAAGUGGACGGGGACAAGGCCGCCUGCCACAGCUGUUGCAUCUGCGGCAAGAGCUUUCCUUUCCAGAGCUCCCUGUCCCAGCAUAUGCGCAAGCACACAGGAGAGAAGCCCUACAAGUGUCCCUACUGUGACCACAGGGCUUCCCAGAAGGGCAACCUCAAGAUUCACAUCCGCAGCCACCGGACGGGGACUCUGAUCCAGGGGCACGAGCCAGAGGUGGGAGAGGCUCAGCUGGGAGAGCUGCGUGUCUCCGAGGGCCUGGAUGGGUGUGCCAGCCCCACCAAGAGCACCUCUGCCUGCAACCGCGUGCUGAAUGGGGCCGUGCCAACGGAUGGCAGCAAGAUUCUGCUCAGGAGCAGCCGCAAGGAAGCAGAGGGCGCAGCCAGCGCCCAGGAAGACGCCGAGGCUAUGGUGCAGUGCUCCUUCUGUAAGAGCCGGUUUGAGCGUAAGAAGGACCUGGAGCUGCACGUGCACCAAGCCCACAAGCCAUUCAAGUGCAGGCUGUGCAGCUAUGUCACCCUGCGGGAGGAGUCUCUGCUCAGCCACAUCGAGAGGGACCACAUCACUGCACAGGUGCCCAAUGGCAGCGAGGCCUGUGUGGAGAACGGCAAGCCUGAGCUGAGCCCUGGGGAAUUUCCCUGCGAGGUGUGUGGCCAGGCCUUCAGCCAGACCUGGUUCCUGAAGGCACACAUGAAGAAACACCGCGGCUCCUUUGACCAUGGCUGCCACAUCUGUGGCCGGAGAUUCAAAGAGCCCUGGUUCCUCAAGAACCACAUGAAGGCGCAUGGACCCAAGGCAGGAAGCAAGAACAGGCCCAAGAGUGACCUGGACCCCAUUGCUACCAUCAACAACGUGGUACAGGAGGAGGUCAUUGUCACCGGCCUGUCCCUCUAUGAGAUCUGCACGAAGUGCGGGAACCUGUUUACAGACCUGGACAGCUUGAACGCCCACAACACCGUGCACCGUAAAGUUGAAGCCAGCCGGAACCCAGCCCCGGCCGAGGAAGGGGAUACAGAAGACCCCCCAGACACCAAGCAGUUCUUCUUACAGUGCCUGAACCUGACACCAUGUGUGGCUGGCGACGUGUCCCCCAGUGGGCAGGCUGGACGGCGAGUGGCAGAGUUGGACCCUGUCAACAGCUAUCAGGCCUGGCAGCUGGCCACCAGGGGGAAGGUGGCCGAGCCGGCUGAGUACCUCAAGUACGGGACUUGGGACGAGGCGCUGGCCGGGGAUGUCGCCUUUGACAAAGACAAGCGUGAGUAUAUACUGGUGAGUCAGGAGAAACGCAAGCGUGAAUCGGAUGCUCCUUCUACCCAGGCUCCCCCAAGGAAGAGGGCCAGUGUACCUGGGGACCCCAUGCUUUCUGGACACCUUGACCCCCGGCCAGCCUCACGCCCCAACCGCAGGGCUGCGGCCACCACUGGCCAGGGGAAGUCCUCUGAGUGCUUCGAGUGCGGCAAGAUCUUCCGCACCUACCACCAGAUGGUGCUCCACUCCCGUGUGCACCGCCGCGCACGCCGUGACAGGGAUCCUGAAGGGGACCGGGCAGUACGUGCCCGCUGCGGUUCACUCAGCGAGGGUGAUUCGGCGUCCCAGCCAAGCAGCCCUGGCUCAGCCUGUGCCACUGCUGACUCCCCUGGCCUGGCGGAAGAAGUGGUGGACGAUAGUGGUGAAGAGGCGGUGUCUGAACCCGCAUCAGGAGGCCAACCAGGACACUGCUGCUCUUCUGGAGAGGUGGCACCCAUCCUGCUCUCCAACGGAGACCCGAGUCACAAACUUGGAAAUAACCUGCCAGAGGAAGACAUCAGCGAGCCCACGGUGGGGAUCGCCACGCCGUCUGUGUCCAUACUUGAAAACAGCAGCAGAGAGACCACCAAGGGUCCCGAGCAGCAUAGACAUUCCCUUGACUUAAAGAUGCCAGCAUUUCACCCCAGGCAGGAAGCCAGCACGCCCGAGCGGGUAGACUUCCCCUCGAGCAUGGAAAUAGCCAGCCUGCAGCACACCUUGGACAGCCAAGCUGGGCAUUCGAAAGAAAAGCUGUCCGAUUUGCACAAGGAGCACUGUGGGGUAGGGAAGCGGGCAUCUGCCCCUGACCUGGUCCCGUUGGACUUGAGCAUGAAGUCGAGCCGGGAAGACCCCAGCAGUAAGGAAGCCAGCUCCCUGCAGACCGCCCUAGUCAUUCACCCGUGUCCUUACUGUAACCACAAGACCUACUACCCCGAGGUCCUGUGGAUGCACAAGCGCAUCUGGCACAGGAUCAGCUGCGGCUCUAUAGCCCCUCCUUGGACUCAGCCCAGUGGCCACAAGAGCAUCUGCAGCAACCUGGCUUUCCUCGCCCGCAGUGGGCGCACAGGGCCCCCGCCUGCUCUCGGGGGCAAGGACUGCCAGCCCCUGCUCCUUGCUCGUUUUACCCGCACCCAGGUGCCAGGUGGGGUACCAGGAUCAAAGGGCAGCUCUUCUCCCCUUGGGGUGACCACAAAAGCCGCUAGCAUACCUAAGAACAAGGAGAGCCCUUCUGGGGGCCCCUGCGCUCCGUGGGCCCCUGGCCCCGAUGGGUAUCGGCAGACCAGAGCCGGCCAUGGCCAGGAUCCACCUAGUGCUGCAGUGCAGGGACCCCUGCCCAAGCCCAAACAGGAGGCUAGCUCCAGGCUGGCACCUUCCCCAGGCAGUGGGGGCCUCAGCAGAAGUGCCACCCCUACACCCUCAGUUAUAACCCGUGUUGGUGCCCAGCCCUCAGCCAACAGCAAGCCAGUGGAGAAACUCGGGGUCCCGGCAGUGGGGACUGGCUUUACCCCUCCGAAUAAGCACAGUGCCCCAGACUCUCUGAAAGCCAAAUUCAGUCCUCAGCCUCAGGGUCAGCCUCCCUCGAAAGGUGAAGGAGGCUCUCCUCUACCUCCCCGAGAAGCCCCUGUGAAGCCGGCCCAGGAGCUGCGAACGCUAGCCACGUGUGCAGCAGGGCCCCGAGGGGACGCAGCCUUGCAGGCUCCGCCCGGCGCGCCUCCCACCUUACACUCCAUCCAGCAGGAGCCGGCGGCAGCCGAGGGCCAGGAGAAGCGCCUGGACAUCCUCAGUAUCUUUAAGUACAUUCCAAAGGACUUCGCCACACUCUACCAGGGCUGGGGUGUCAGCAGCCCUGGGCCUGAGCACAGAGGGACACCGCGGACACAGGCCCGCCAGGGAGACUUUGUCUGUGUGGAGUGCGGCAAGAGUUUCCACCAGCCCAGCCAACUCAGGGCCCACCUUCGGGCACACACAGUGGUGUUUGAGUGUGACAGUCCACGGGGUUCUGAAGUUCACACAGCCUCCACGGAUACCCCUAAACAAGGGAGAGACCACACUGCCCCAGGGACUGUGCCGGCAGGGCCCCUCCGAAAGGGGACCUAGAGACACACCUCCAGCACCCAGCCCGUGAUAGUGUUGACUGUGGCCUCACGGGUGAUUGGAAGGCUCCCAGCAGUGACCAUGGCCACUUUGGGGAAGAAGAUCCAAGGUCUCCUGACCAGACACCUUAGACCUGAGAGCCGUUGCACCAGAGCAGACCAGGGAGAUGCCUCCUUGGUAACAUGUAGGGACAGCAAAGAUGCUAUGCCUAGGAUUCUGUGUAGCUCUUUCACACACAUGUGUGUGCUCAUCGCCCAUGGCCUGUGUUUCCUCACAAUAAGCAGUGGUAUUGGCAGGCACAGUAGCAGCUCAAGGAGUCUGUGUUAUUCAAGACAGGCAUGAGACACUGGAAAAAAGAUGCUGGUGUGUUUGGAUGGGCUGGGCACUGUGGGGAGGUCCAGUGCUCAGGACAGAUGAUGCUGUCAGAGUGUGGGGGACGGAGGGGUGUGCACUACUGCCUCUCCCCCUCAGUGGGGACUCACAGUAGCAAUGAGAGAGAAAGAGGGUGUUCAGGUAAGACUUGUUCGAAUGCUGUGGAGAUGAGCUUGGUGAGGCAGGGCGAUGAUAGCCUCAUGGUUAGGAGUCUGGCCACGACUCUGGGCUCUCACGCCCUCCAUGCCGAGUUCUCACCAUUCGGGCUGCGUCUGGCUCAGGAAACACUGCAGAGGUGGGAACACAGAAAUCUGCUUUGGAAGGAAACGUUAGUGAACACUAAGAGGGCAGGUGUCUUCGUUUAUUCUCAGGACCUUUUUUGUAACAGGGCUACAUUCUGCAAACUGCUCACAAAAGACUAAGCCACUGAAUCCUCCCACUUUGGGCCUGUUUUAGUAAUGGCAGAAGAAUCCCUGAGCAGAUUUGGGGCCCUAGAUCAUUAGGGUGCUAGUGCUUUGGAACUUUCUCUCCCUCCCCAUCCCAGCCUUUCCCUUGCACCCCCCCAGCAAAUAGAUGUCUUUCCCCAUUGGGCCUGGUGAGCACCACUGGACAAGUGACUCUGUUCACAGAUGACUGGGGUCUCCAGGCCUGAGGGCAAGGACGGCUUUAUAUACCUCUUCCUUAGUCACGCAAGUCCACGUUUCUGCGGUGGGGUGAAGGCCCUAGCAGAGGCUCUGAGCCCACGCGACGUGCGCAGUGGGGACUGUUCGGCAGGUAGCAGCGACUCCUCCCCCGUCCGUCGCUGUGGCACUGUGUGGUGGCGAUACUUCUGCGAGUUCCAGAUGUUUGCACAUGUGGUUUUAUGCAUUAUCAAAAUUACUGCUGCCUUGAAUGAAACAUUCUGUGAAAGUUUUUGCAAAAGCUUUACUAGUUUUUUUUUUAUUGUGAAAUUUUGUAAAGGCAGGAAAUGGAUUAAGACAAGCAUGCUAAAUAUAUUUUUCAGAAAAAAAGCAAUAAUUUUACAUGUACAGAAAUUAUCCUAACCUUUAAUACUGGUGAGAGCGACAGUUUACUUAACCCAGCAAUGGAUCAGUGCGGUUUCUGUAGGAAAUGGGCUUCUGAUACAAAGACUUGUUUCAACACACAUGUAUACAUGAAUCCUGGCGUGUGGUUUCUCUGUUCUAAUGAUCUGUUGGAUUAUUAUUAUUAUAUUAUUAUUAUUGUUAUUGUUAUUGUUAGCUGAUGUUUGGUUCCAGAUUCUAUUUGUCACUGUUUUAAUUACUUGACUGUUCAGGUGACUGCUGCACUUGCAAGAAUGCAGUGCUAACUGGCUAGCAGAUGCGUAUAUAUACAUAUAUACGUAUAUAUAUAUAUGCUAACUGGCUAGCAGAUGCGUAUAUAUACAUAUAUACAUAUAUAUGUGUGUGUAUAUAUAUAUACUAACUGGCUAGCAGAUACGGUUAUAUACAUAUAUACGUAUAUAUAUACUAACUGGCUAGCAGAUGCGUAUAUAUACAUAUAUACGUAUAUAUAUAUAAUUAUUUUUUUUUACUUAUUUUUUCCUGAUACUCCUACACCAGGUAUGUAUGAGAACGGUUUGCCAUGCUGAGUGCUUGGGAAUAUCAGUCAUUCUGAGACGUACAUGGAGCAGACCGCAGAGACGCAUUCCUCUCUCCUCCUGAGGCAGCGUAGUUCCUUUCUGUUGAGCUUGUCUGCUCAUUAUGAUAGGCUCCCCAUCUGUCUGCAUUUUCUGGCUUUUUGUUUCCUUGGCUGGAAGUAAAGGUGAGAGCUAGGAAUGUCAGGGCCUGUGAUUCGGCCCCAUCUAUUCUGUGUCUUAGUUAUUAAACAGUUCUGUACACAAAGGGACACGAAGGUGUCGUUUGCGUUUUUACUGUGUCUGAAGCUGCACGUGGCAUUGAGAACUGGAAGGUCUGUCUUCCGGUGAGUCUCCCUCCCAGGGUCUGGCAGGGGGAAGGGGUGCCUGAGGUCCCUGCAGCUGACCGUUUGCCUGGAGAGUAGCCAAUCUCAGGACGACCUGCCCCUCGAAGCACAGAGAUACAGUUUCCUGUAGCCACAAGGCCACGAGGUCCCCAGUGCUCGCCUCUCUGGGACCAGCUGCGUGCUGGCCUGGUGCAUGGCUUUUCUGUCUCACUGGCCAUCAGUAUUGGACUGCUUUGUUAAUUUGUUUAUGUCAGCUCAACAAUAGUAUUUAAUAUGAUUUGUUUCCUUAUUUAUUUAGCCAAUCUGUUUUGAUUUGUCCCCCAACCCCUGCUGCCCCUGUGGUAAUUUCCACAUUUCUGACUGUUACAGACUUCCUACUACCUCUACGAAUCUUCUGUCUCCUUGUUUCCUGAUGGGGUUUUUACAGUGUUGCGUCUAAUGUAACUUAGACAAUAAAGGGUUUGGUUGUCUACACUGCACCGCUCUCUGUGUCCCCUGCCCUCUCCACCUGCGUUCUUCUGACUCCUGCCUCACUCAGCUCAGCCCCACCAUCCUCUGCUUUACUGUGUGACGUGUCUUCUCUUAUACUUCCUCUUCCUGUCCAUGCGCAUCACACAUGCUGGGUCUCUCAGGACAGUUCAGGUGAUUUACUUGUUCUGAACGCAGAGAGUGAAGACUCAGAUAAUAAUAAAUGCGUCGUGGGCUCUGUCUCCUCUGGGGAGCUGCUCACUGCACCUUCCCACACUUCUGCUGGCCCUGGAAGUCUCUUCAGUCUUAGAUGGAGACAGUUUAGCCUCUCCUGCACAGUACAAUUUCCAAGUCAAGUGGACUUGGCCUCUUUUGUUCUGAAAAGUAUUAGAUAUUUUAAGAAGUUCCCCAAUAUUUGCUUAUUUAUUUUUUUUAAAGCCCAGGAAGACACUGGUUUCUGGAAAUUAGGCGUUCCAGGCAACACAAGGCUACUCCAUAAAACUAAAAGAGCUCUGCUGUCCCGGUGGGCUGCAGGGGAGUCCCUUCCCUUUGGCUGCUGUGUACCCACCCAGAUUCUCUUGCAGCUGGCACUGGGGUCUUCACACUCCUUCUACCCCCACAGGUGACCAGUUCCACGUCGGGCAUCACGGGGCUGGCAGUGGCGGUCUUUCCACCUCCUGGUAACCAGGAGAGUUGACACCUUUGGGUGGGUAAGGGUGCCUUCUAGGUCAAACAGUGAACGCAGUUCCCCAGGAAGGAAACAUUCUCUGGACCUGUAAGACAAGACCCUCGCCGCCAGCACCUGAGGAACAUGUUUUGUUGUUUAACGCUUAUAAAUCAGGCAACUUCUAAUUGCAACUUAUAUUCACCGAGAAAAAAAAGACACACGCCCCACAGACAGGGCCUUCCCGUGACACGUUUUUGACACUAAUGACUAAUACAAACUGCAGAGUCCUGGGACAUACCCGUGUGAAGUGACCGCCAAGCAAUGCGUUCUGUCUUCACCAACUCCGCUAAUCAUUCGUUGAGCUGGGAAGAUGCAGAAGCCCAUAGAAUUUGUACUUCUUCUUUUUAAAAAAAAAACCCACAAUUUAUAAUGCUAUAUUUUGUACUCUUUAUACUAGAAUUUGUUACUAGAUUGAUGUAUUUAACUAUUUCUGAGAAAAAGUAAUUCAAUGUUACAGCUGUGUGAUUAAAAAGUAUUUAGAUAAAACAUAUUCACUAUUGGAAUUUGAAAUAAAUAAAAACAUCUUGGAGUUGCAA